AUGAGCUCACACUCUCAGGGUCAGUCUCUCACUCCUGACGAUAGGAUCAUAUUAAAUCUCAUCUCUUUCCAUGAAGACAAGACAAGAGGAGUUUACACACUGUUCAAGCACAAGGAGCAGCUUAUGGAUAAAGAUCAGUACAUCAAUAGGCUGCAAGAUGCACUUCAAAUUGAGAAGGAGAAGAACUCCAAGCUGCAGUCUCGUUUUAACCAGCAGGCAGUGGAAUUAAAACGCAGAGAGCAGCUCGUGAACAGAAUGAGGGAGAAGCUCUCACAGUUUACAGACAGACACCGAGACCGGGGAGUGUCUAUGGAGAUCAUAAACGCUCUUCCUAAUCCAUCGGGACAGAGAGAGCCCAUGCCCUGGAGUGCACGGCCUGAUGGGAGGAAAGAGGAGGCGCUGAGGUUAAUGCUGGAGAGGAGGGAGGCCGAGCUCAGGGAGGCCAUGAAGCUGCGUCACAGUCUCACCACGCUACUGCACGCGCUCAGAACCGACAUGCAGCAGGUGAUGGAACAGGAGACCAUGCAGCUACAGUGGACAUUGGACACCGAGGAAGACAAGACAGACACCAGCAGGCUGGUCCAAUCAGAGCAGUCACUUGGUGAUCAUGUGACAGGGGGUGUGUUUCUGGAGUGGACGCAUGUACAGCAGAGGCUGAGGGAGCUGCGGUCACAAGGCCUAGCUGCAGUGAGUACAGACCAGGAGAAGCUCCUGUCUCAGCUUGAAGAAGAGCUGGAGCAGAGCAGAGAGCUGGUCCGAGUACAGCAGCAGCUACUGCAGGACAGUGUGGCUACUCCUCUCCCAGACACACUCAUCGACUCCUACUAUCUGGAGGAGUGGGAGCGGCUACAGGACAAGUGGGUGGAGUUUAACAGACAGAGGCGGAGCUUCCAGCAGGAAAGACAGGCCUUCACUGAUGCCGCAAUUCGAUUGGGCCGUGAGGUGAGGAGGAAACUGAAACCCUGCAUCUCUGUUCACCUACUUAUGCUAUACACUAAAAGUGUGUAUACUCCUUUUUGUGAAGAAAAAGUACAUACUUUUGAGUGUGUAGCAAAAGAUUAUGUAAGUACCGGGACAUGUGGGUGUCCUCACCAAAAACUUCCUUUUGGUUACCAAUAUUUUCUUAACUUGGGGUUAGUUUUAGGAAUAGCAUUAAUGAUGUGUGUGUGUGUGUGUGUGUGUGUUUUGCAGAGAUGCGAGUUUGAGCAACAGAAGGCCUCUCUGUUAAAACAGCAGUUCCUCAGCACAUCUCCAGUGAAGACUUCACACUCCAACAGGAGAGACAGCACAGCACUCAGUGACCUGCGUAUGCACAACACACACACACAUGCUGCUAAACAAAUACUGAACAAAACCACCAUUACAUUUCAAGUGGUACAAAUUGUGUGUGUCGGUGGUAGGAAUGAUGGCUCCUGA